AAUGCUUCUUGCUGGCUUCGCUCUGGUCGCUGCUGUCGGCUUCAGCGUUGCCACGCCUACGCUCAACACUGGCGACGUGAUGGAUCUCGACAAGCGGGCGCAAGUGCCAAUCGUCUACGAACUCGGCAUGACCGCGCCGAAAGGGUCUGAUUCACCCUUUGCUCAUUUCUCGUUGCACUUCGAUUCUGUCCAUGCUUAUUUCGACGAGCCAAUCAGCUGCCAGGAUGGAGAACUCGUUGCUUGCCACGCGCAAGCCGAGGGCCACGGCAUCAUCGAUGGCAUCCACUAUUCUGACUUUUGGUUCACGAGACCUUAUCACUGGUCGAUGCAUCUUCGUAUGUACCACUCGAAGACCGGUGGCGAAUUCUUCUCGUGGCAUCUCAAAUUUGGAAGCGUCGACGGAGAGGAUCCUAUCGACAAGUAUCUCAUGACAACCGAUGUCCAUGCACACGAGAUACCCUACGCGAAGUAAUCUCAAGCAUUUUCAUUGGCCAUGUCGCGACAGAUUGCAUCUUUGCUGGGCGCCAACACGAUAUCUUCGGCUUUGUCACACAUUCUCAGCAAUCGGCGAUCGCACGGUAACAAGCGCGGUGACCAUGAU